CACGCUCCAAGACACGGUCCACACUCCAGAUCUCACGGCCGGUUUGAACUCGCCGCAUAAUGACGAGUCGACUCAUCCUCGCACUCGCCCUCUCAAUUUCAGCUCUCCUCCUCUUCACCACUCUCUCUCCCUCUCUCUCCAAACACACCACCUCCGCCGCCGCCGACGACGACGACGAGUUCCUCACCUUCCUCGAGUCCGAUCAAGACGACGCCGCACUACCCCACUCAGAUCCCCAAUUCUCAGACGAAGAGAACGACAUCGACGACGAUGAUGACAUCGAGAACUACGACGACUUCGAAGUUCCCUCAGGGCUGGACCACGACCACGACGAGGAGGAGUACUCGCGGUCGCCGGAGAUCGACGAGAAGGACGUCGUCGUUUUGGGGGAGAGGAACUUCAGCGAGUUCGUGGAGGGGAAUAGGUUCGUGAUGGUGGAGUUUUAUGCGCCGUGGUGCGGACAUUGCCAGGCCCUUGCGCCGGAGUACGCGGCGGCGGCGACGGAGCUGAAGGGAGAGGCGGUGGCGCUGGCGAAGGUGGACGCGACGGAGGAGAGUGAGCUGGCGGAGGAGUACGAAGUCCAGGGGUUUCCUACCGUGUAUUUCUUCGUCGAUGGUGAACACAAGCCCUACACUGGCCAAAGGACCAAAGAAGCUAUAGUAACUUGGAUAAAGAAGAAAAUCGGACCUGGUGUCUCCAACAUAACAACAGCAGAUGAGGCCGGGCGUGUAUUGACUUCUGAGAAUAAAGCUGUUUUGGGAUUCCUUGAAUCUUUGGCGGGUCCUGAGAGUGAGGAGCUUGCUGCUGCUUCCAAACUAGAGGAUGGUGUCAACUUUUACCAAACUACGACUCCUGAGAUUGCAAAGCUCUUCCACUUGGAUCCUGAUGCUAAACGCCCGGCUUUGAUCAUGGUAAAGAGGGAGGAUGAGAAACUUAGCCAUUUUGAUGGUCAGUUUGUGAAGUCCGCAAUAGCUGAAUUUGUGUCUUCCAACAAGCUUCCAUUGGUGACCACUUUUACCAGAGAAAGUGCCUCUGUGAUUUUUGAAAGUCCUAUUAAAAAACAGAUAUUGCUCUUUGCCACUUCAAAUGAUUCAGAGAAGGUUGUUUCUACAUUUCAAGAAGCUGCAAAAAACUUUAAGGGCAAGCUUAUCUUUGUGUACGUGGAAAUGGACAAUGAAGAUGUGGGCAGACCUGUGGCUGAUUAUUUCGGUGUCACUGGGGAUUCCCCAAAAAUUAUUGGAUAUUCAGGGAAUGAUGAUUCUAAGAAGUACAUACUUGAUGGGGAGGUGACUCUAGAUAAUAUUAAGGCGUUUGGGCAGGAUUUCUUUCAAGACAAGCUUAAGCCUUUUUAUAAGUCCGAUCCAGUUCCCGAGACUAAUGAUGGGGAUGUGAAAAUAGUGGUUGGGAAUAACUUUGAUGAAAUUGUUUUGGAUGAAUCAAAAGAUGUUCUUCUCGAGAUCUACGCACCAUGGUGUGGGCAUUGCCAAGCUUUGGAGCCAACUUACAACAAGCUUGCCAAACAUUUGCGCAGCAUUGAAUCUCUUAUAAUUGCCAAAAUGGAUGGUACCACAAACGAACACCCGAGGGCAAAGGCUGAUGGGUUCCCCACGCUUCUCUUCUUCCCAGCAGGAAACAAAAGCUCUGAUCCAAUAACUGUCGAUGCUGAUCGUACCGUAGUUGCAUUCUACAUAUUCCUAAAGAAGCAUGCAUCGGUCCCUUUUAAGCUCGAAAAACCCGUUUCAACCCCAAAACCAGAGAGCUCUGAUGCCAAAGAAAGCAGCGAGGGCGGCGCCAACGAUGUGAAGGAUGAAUUAUGAGUAUUAUAGCAGUAUCAUCAAUGUAUAUGUAGCCGCAUUUGGCCUAAAAGAUCACAUCGGCAGGACUAGUUAUACGAUCAAGUUAGAGAGUAUGAUUGAUAAGCGUCUUUAACUUUGUUUGCUAACUUUGUGAAGGGUUUUCUAGCUUUCGAGUUUUGACUAUAAUCAUGAAUUAAAAAUAAUAAAAAAGAGAGUUUUGAUUA